GCAACAUUAACAUAUUUUAGGGUUAGUACAUCUGGCUAUAUAAAUAUCAUCUCUCCGAAUGUAUCUGCACAUAUCCAAAUACUAUUGAAUCCAGACUUGACUCUUUAGCGAAAGAGUACACAAAAUGAGUCGGGGUACAAUGCAAGAUCCAUUUUUGGACAUCGAAAAGUCUGGCACGACGAUGAUUUCUGACGUCAAUAAAAACAGCUCAAGAAGAAAUCAGAUUGCAAUUGCAUUGUGUUUGUCUCUCUUUCUUCUCGGAGGCGCAGGGUUUACAUUCGUCAGACAUUUUACCGGCGAAGAAUCUGAAACCAAAAGCAAUGACAAAGACUUCGUUGUGACGUCGCGAAACGGCGUCGUCGCCGCCGAUCACGAGACAUGUUCAGAGAUUGGUGCGGACGUGCUAAGACGACUAGACGGCUCUGCCGUAGACGCCGCAGUGGCCGUCGCAUUUUGCUUAGGUGUCGUGAAUCCAACGUCUAGUGGAAUCGGCGGUGGAGCCUUCAUGGUCGUAGGCUCCGCAACUGGUUCGGCGAAAGCUUAUGACAUGCGAGAAACAGCUUCUUCCACUGCACACCAGGAUAUGUUCAAGGACAGAGAGGAGAAGAAACAAAAAGGACCAUUGUCUGUAGCAGUUCCAGGAGAGGUAGCUGGUCUUCACGAAGCGUGGACCAAAAAUGGCCGUGUUGAUUGGAAACUACUGGUGAAACCGUCUAUUAAACUGGCUCGAGAUGGUUUCAAAGUUGGUCCACAUCUCGCCUUCGCCUUAUCCACCAACGAGGACAAGAUCAAGAAUGAUAUUGGUUUAGCGAGUGUUUUCGUUAUCGGAGGCAAAUUGUUGACGGAAGGGGAUACAUGUAAGAACAGCAAACUCGCCGAGACGUUGAAGAAAGUGGCGGACAAAGGGGCCAGGGCCGUCUUAAGAAAAUUAAUAGCCUUGGAGCCGGGACUGAAAGGGGCCACAGCGUUUUACCAAGAUGAUGUGGCUGAAAAUCUAGUAAAUGAUCUGAAUAAUGCCGGAGGGAGCAUGACGUUGGAUGAUCUGAGGAAUUACAAAGUUAACGUGACCGAUGCAAUGGUUGUAAAUGAUGUUAUGGGGUUCAAACUACAAGGAAUGUGGCCUCCUUCUAGUGGAACGUCAGGUUUUGCAAUGGUUAUGAAUAUAUUGGAGCAAUACAAAGAUACACAUGAUAUUGAUAAGGAUCUCUUUCUGCAUCGGGUUAUAGAAGCCAUAAAGUUUAUGCUUGUAGCUCGAAUGGAUCUAGGAGAUCCUGCAUUUGUUGAGGGAAUAUCUGAUGUCGUGAAAAAUAUGACUUCUAAGGAUUGGGCCCGAAGGAUUCAGAGCUAUAUAUCCGAUGACCAGACUUACCCACCAGACUAUUACCGCAACAAAUACAAACAGCUCAAGGAUGAAGGGACGAGCCAUUUCUGUGUAGUGGACAGAGACAGAAACGUCGUGUCGAUGACAACAACUGUGAAUUACGCGUUCGGGGCAGGGUUUAUGUCGACUUCUACUGGUAUUAUUCUCAACAACCAGAUGGCUGAUUUCUGGAUACCAACAGAGAAAUCUGCGGCACCCGCGAAUUACAUCAAGGCAAACAAGAGACCUUUGUCUUCCAUGAUGCCUCUAAUCAUCACAAAGGACAAUGAGCUAGCCGGAGUUAUUGGAGCGAGCGGCGGGAUUUAUAUAAUUCCGGCGGUAAUCCAAGUGUUCCUCAAUCACUUUGUCCUCAAAAUGAGUCCUCUAGAGUCUGUGAAGAGUCCAAGAGUGUAUCACAAGUUGGAACCAAACCAAGUGUUAUAUGAGGACUGGGAAGUGUACAAUAAAGAACAUAUUUUGCUUAAAAAAGAGACUCAAGACUUCUUGAAGGCGAAAAAACAUGAACUAGUGCCUACAAAUGUGGGAGCCACUGUUCAAUUUGUUGUCCAAAACAGAGUAGAUGAUUCUACGACAGUUUUGACGGCAGUUAGUGAUCUCCGAAAAGACGGGAAGCCAGCUGCUGCUUAUGCUGCUCCAACUCCUGCUCCUUCACCUAUGCUUUAAAGUUAUCACCCACCAUAAUUUCUGCUUAUUU